AUGGGGCACGACAAUUAUAAUGUUCCAACACCACCGAACAACGACGGAACAAAGUAUAAUUACGACGAAGUCCUAAUGAAAUCUAUAAUGUUCUUUCGCGCUCAACGGUCUGGCAAACUUCCUGCUAAUAAUCAAAUACCGUGGAGAGAAGACUCAGCACUGAACGACAGGGGACAAAAUGGAGAGGAUUUAACAGGUGGAUGGUAUGAUGCUGGUGAUCAUGUUAAAUUUGGAUUUCCCCAAGCCAGUGCUGUAACUUUACUAACAUGGAGUCUCCUUCAAUACAAAGACGCCUACCAGGCCAGUGGACAAUUGGAUGACAUGUAUGACUGUAUUCGUUGGCCACUAGAAUGGUUACUCAAAUGUCAUACAGGACAAAAUGAACUUUAUUUUCAGGUAGGAGAUGGCAAUCUAGAUCACAAUUUCUGGGGAAGACCAGAGGACAUGAAGAUGGCAAGACCAUCAUUUAAAGUUACAUCUGAUAAACCAGGAAGUGACAUAGCUGGGGAAUACGCAGCCGCAAUGGCUGUUGCAUCAAUGGUGUUUAAAGAUAAAGAUCCAGCGUUUUCUGCCAAGCUAUUGAAUCAUUCAAAACAGAUCUAUACAUUUGGAAAGACUUAUCCAGGAAUAUAUAGUCAAAGUGUUAAGGAAGCCGGCCCCUUCUACGGAUCAGAUGAAUAUAAAGAUGAAAUGGCAGUUGCAGCAGCCAUGUUAUACUUAUCAACAAAUAACACCCAGUACUUGACCGAUGCUGAAUCUUUUCAUCAACACGGAAAUCAGUGGGGACAAUCAUGGGGAAGCAAAUUUACUGCAUCAAUGGUUUUGCUAUACCAGAUAACAAAGAAAGAUGUUUAUAAGCAAGACAUUGAAACUACUUUUACAAAUUGGUUACCUGGUGCGACAGGUCCAGAUGCAGUUCCCUACACACCAAAAGGCCUGGCAUUCCGAACUAAAUGGGGUUCUCUCAGACAUGCUGCAAAUAAUGCUUUUAUGGCACUUAUUGCGGCUGAAGCUGGAAUUAACCCUACACAAUAUCGAAACUGGGCUAAAGGUCAAUUAGGUUAUAUCUUAGGCGAUACUGGAAGGAGUUAUGUUGUAGGAUUUGGAGUUAACCCUCCAUCACAUGAACAUCAUAGAGCAGCCUCAUGUCCGCUAAUUCCAGCCUCAUGUUCACAUGAUUUUUAUGAAAUGAAGUAUUCGAAUCCACACGUCUUGUACGGUGCCAUAGUUGGAGGUCCGGGACCAAAUGACGAAUACGAUGACGUACGUUCGGAUUAUGUCCGAAACGAAGUGGCUGUGGAUUAUAAUGCUGGUUUUCAAGGCGCUGUUUCAGGUUUGAAGUCACUACACCUUAGAAACAUUCUGGAUUGA